AUGUACAUCAAAGAAGUUUAUAUUGAUGGUUUCAAAUCAUAUGCUUCUCGUACGGUGUUGAAUGGUUUUGAUAAAUCUUUUAACGCCAUCACUGGUUUGAAUGGUUCCGGAAAAUCGAAUAUUCUUGAUGCUAUUUGUUUUGUUCUUGGUAUUUCCAAUCUUUCUCAAGUGAGAGCAAACAACCUCACCGAGCUAAUUUACAAACAAGGACAAGCAGGAAUAACAAAAGCAAGUGUUAGUGUAGUAUUCGAUAAUUCGGAUAGUGCAAAUUCUCCCGUAGGAUAUGAAGAUCAAUCAACAAUAACUGUUCAAAGACAAAUAAUGAUAGGAGGUAAAAACAAAUAUAUGAUCAACGGUCGUAAUGCUCAACUGAAUAGAGUGCAAAAUUUGUUUCACUCUGUUCAACUCAAUGUAAAUAACCCACACUUUCUUAUUAUGCAAGGGAGAAUCACCAAAGUAUUAAAUAUGAAACCAAUAGAAAUUCUUGGUAUGAUAGAAGAAGCUUCAGGAACAAGAAUGUUUGAGCUAAAGAAAAGUAGUGCCCAAAAAACCAUCAUUAAAAAGGAUAAGAAACUAGAAGAAAUUGAAAGAAUCCUAUCAGAAGAAAUUACACCAAAAUUAGAAAAAUUAAAGAGUGAAAGAGCAAAAUGCUUACAACAUGAAACUGCAUUAGUACAGCUAAAGAAUUUAGAAAGAUAUUAUACAGCAUACGAGUACUAUUCACACAAGAACCAAUUGAAAAAACUUGAAAAAGAAGAAAAGACGCUUAAAGAUAAAAUUGAGGGGGUCAGAGAACAAAUCGAAAAGUAUAUCACCGAAGAAGAUGAAAUCCAAAAAAAGAUAGACUCUAUGAAGAAUCAAAAACAAAAUAGAAUGAAACAAGAUUUAAAUACUUUACACAACUCUUUAUCUUCCAUCAAUAAGGAUUUGAGUAAAAGGAAACCAGAAUUGGAGAGUAAAAUUAAAGAACUAAACAGAGAAAACGAAAAGUUGAACGAAUUGGAGAAGCAAUUAGAAGAAGAGACUGCAUCAAGAGAGGUAUUGUCGAAAAAGCAUGCAGAAGCCAAAAUUAAAUCAGAAGAAUUGAAAAAGAAGAUGGAAGAUUGUACUAAUAGAAUGGAAAAUUUGAAAAAGCAACAAGAGGCAGUCUCUGCAGGUAUUGCUGUCAAUGUUAACGAUGGUAACGGCAAAACUCUUACAGAACAAAUAAUGGACUGUGAAAAACAAAUUACCUCCUUGAAAGUUAAAAUUAAUCAAAACACUGUUACACUCACUUAUUUAAAAAAGGGUCUAGAAGAAAAGACAUCGUUGCUUAAAACUCAAUCCAAUGAAGAUACUAACAUCAAGCAACAUUUACAACAACUGAAUGAGAGUUUGGAAGAAAUUAAAAAAAAAUUGGAAGAUUUAAACUUUAAUGAAAUAAUAUACAAGCAGACUGAAGAAGAAAUUGAACAAAUAGAAACAAAGAUUCAAGAAAAGAAAAAUGAAAUUGUAAAAUUGAAAAGUGAAUUAUCACAUAUUUAUAUUGACUACAACAAGAAACAUAUUUCUGGUGAAGUAAUGGGAAUUAUUGCAAAUUUAUUUAGGGCAAAGGAAAAAAAACACAUUUGUGCACUUGAAGUAUGUGCCAGUGCAAAACUUGGUCAAUUAGUAGUAGAUAAUCAACAAACAGCAAAAGAUGUUAUCAAAAAAGGUGAUUUAAAUAGACGUGUUACAACUGUACCUCUGAAUACCAUUUCUUACAGCAGAAAGUUUGAAAAAAGUGAAAUCUUAGCUCUUGCUGAGAAACGUGGUGCUCAACUUGCUUUAAAUUUAAUAAGCUACGACAAGAAGGUAGAAAACGCAAUGAAAUAUUGUUUUGGUAAUACUCUAGUUGCUGAAAAUAUGGAGACAGCCAAGCAAGUUGCUUUUGAUCAACACAUACUUGCCAAAACUGUAACAUGGGAUGGUGACGUUUUUGAACCUGCAGGAACAUUAACCGGAGAGACGCAUUCAUCAGAAAUGAAGAAGCUUUUAACUGCGAAUAAGUGGAUAAAGAAGGAAGAAGAAAGUUUCAAUGAGGAAGGAAGUGAAUUUCAUUUUAGUAAGGAUAAGGAAACACUACCAGCUUGUAAGCAAAGAUUGGCCGAAAUGAAAGAAUCUUGUGAAAAUCUCUCAAAGACCAUAAACAAAAAGGCUAUGGCACUUUAUGAAAAAACAGAGGAUGAAUAUACAGAACUAGUGAAAAAAAAGGAUAUUGUGGAAGCAGAUAAGAAAAAAAUUGGGGAAGUUAUUGAGGAAUUAGAUGAAAAGAAAAAGAAAACUAUAGAGGAUACUUGGAAGAAAGUUGAUGAAUAUUUCAGAUCAAUAUUUUCAAUGCUUUUGGUUGGUGCCUCAGCCAAAUUAGAACCUCCAUCUGAUGCAGUUAAUGGACCUCUUGACGGUUUGGAGGUAAAAGUGGCUUUUAAUGGUGCAUGGAAAGAGUCUCUAACAGAGUUGAGUGGUGGGCAGAGAUCUCUUCUUGCCCUAUCACUUAUUUUAUCUUUGCUUAGAUUUAAACCAGCUCCUGUUUAUAUUUUGGAUGAAAUAGAUGCUGCCUUGGAUCCCUCUCAUACCCAGAACAUUGGUAGAAUGCUCAAGCAACAUUUUACAAAUUCUCAAUUUAUUGUUGUUUCUCUCAAGGAAGGAAUGUUUCAAAAUGCUAAUGUGCUUUUCAAGACCAAGUUUGUUAAUGGCUCUUCAACUGUUGCUCGAGUAACGAAUCACACUUCAGCAGUAGAGGAAGAAGAAACCUCUGCUGCUUCUUCGUAUACUCCUGCUCCCCAAUUGGUGGGUAAAAGAGGAACAAAACGAAAGCACAAUCUGGCUGAUGAUGAUGAAGAAGAAUAA